CAGAGGUGCAGCGAUACAAGGAGGAGGAGAGACAGAUGAGCUCCGUGAAGCUCUCCUACGAGAGGCAAAUCCAGAACGAGAAAACACUCAAAAUACAGGCCAUAAACAAGCUGGCGGAGGUCAUGAACCGCAGGGAUCCGCGUAGCAGCCGCGGCGGCGACUCGUCUGACGUGCGACGCAAGGACAAGGAGAACCGCAAGCUGCACCAGGAUCUGCGCUCCGAACGCGAGAAGCUCAACUCCACCAUCAUCAAGUUCCAGAAGGAGAUCAACGACCUGCAGGGGGUGAUAGCGGAGGAGUCGCAGGGUCGUCUGGAGCUGCAGUUGGCCCUGGACAGUCGGGAGAGUGACAUCGAGCGGCUACGCUGCCAGCUCUCCUCCGUCAGCAUUCACUCCUUCGACGCCACCAGCAUUGGUUCCCACGGCAACGACCUGGAGCCCGACGACACUUACCCAGUGUCAUCAGACCCCAGGCUAGAAGGCUGGCUAGCCAUGCCAUCCAAAAACAGCAAGAGGUUCGCCUGGGACAAAAAGUAUGUGGUUGUGAGCAGUAAGAAGAUACUAUUCUACAACAAUGAGGUGGACAAAGAGCAGUCGAACCCGUUCAUGGUGCUGGACAUAGAUAAACUCUUCCACGUGAGGCCUGUCACCCAGACUGAUGUCUACCGUGCUGAUGUCAGAGAAAUCCCACGCAUCUUCCAGAUCCUGUAUGCCAACGAGGGCGAGUGCAAGCGUGGAGAAGCGUCCGAGACGUCUACCCACGAGACCCUGAGCCUGUCCCCCGGGGGCGGGGAGGGAGCCGGGGGCUCGGGGGCGGCGUACAUCAGCCACAAGGGCCACGAGCUGGUGCCCACGCUCUACCACUUCCCCUCCAGCUGCGAGGCCUGCACCCGGCCCCUGUGGCACGUCUUCAAGCCGCCGCCCGCCCUGGAGUGCCGACGCUGCCACACCAAGUGCCACCGCGAGCACCUGGACCGCAAGGAGGAGGUGUUGGCACCCUGCCGAGUGAACUACGACAUGUCCACCGCCAAGGACCUCCUCCUGCUGGCCUCCUCCCAGUCGGAGCAGCAGUGCUGGGUCCGCCGCCUCCUGGACCGCAUCCCCCGCAAGCCCGUGGCCACGCUCCCCCACCCGGCUGUGGCGGCGGUCGCCUCCCCCCCGUCCAACCGCCCGCGCUCCUCCUCCGGCUCCUCCGGCUGCCCCUCGCCAGCCCCCAGCUCCCCGCGCCCCUCCCCCAAACUGGACAUCACCAUCCGUAGUGUGGCCGCAGGUGGCGAUGGUGGCGGUGGCUCGGGGUCUGGCUCCGGCUCUGCUGAGUCCAUGUCGCCGCGCCUGUCCCACCGCGGGGCCAUCAAGGUGCAGGCCAGCCGCACCACCAGCCGGACGCAGCACCAGGAGGUCACACAAGGCCAGCACAAGGCCAGCAGCACACAGCAGCAGACCAAGACCAGGGUGCUUGGGUUUGGCCUUAAGGGAUUUGAGUGGGUCCUAGAUGAUGAUGAUGAUGAUGAUGACGAUGACGAUGUGUUUGGCUUCUGAAAACAGACAAACAAACAAAAUGAAAGAGACGUGAGAAACAACAUUAACCUCUGCACAGGUGAAAUGGGGACUCUGGAAGUGUACGCCGUGGACUAAGCUGGCAAGAGCAUCACAAGAGAGACUAAAUAUUUACCAUGGCACACAGAGACGAGCACAUCCCCACACACACGUGCACACACACACACGCACUCAUGCACACGCACAUACACACACACAGACAC